AUGGCUAGUCGAAAACCUAGCGAGCAGCCUCGAACCGGGACAGAGCAGAUUAAAGAGCAACUUCUUGCUAUCGAGCGAGCAGAUGCUCUCUAUGGGUGUUAUAGAACAACGACCCCGGGAGUCUACCGAGGCUGGCUUUAUAAUCUCUACGAAACCGUUUUAUUUGGCGACCCCAAUGAGGCACGAAUCCCUUCUGCUCAAAGUCCUCCACUUUAUGCUGCCGUUGAGUGCUACUUUAUGACCGCAGCCCUUGAUUUAUUCAAGAUAAUCAUUCCUGUGAAACCUUACUUCUAUAUCCAGGCUCCUGUGGAGAAUUACUUAUUCAUACAAGAGCGUCUCCUUUUACACUACCCUGACUUGCACAUUGAGAUGACGCUGAUAGAGCGCAAUGACUUGUCGGUCCAGAAUCACAUUGCUAAUGAUGGAAUAGCUCACUUGCGUCUUUCCUUUGACAAUCUCACUAAUCUCCGCACUGUGUCUACAGCCCUACUUGGGUUACUCCGCCAGAAAGAGCUUUCUGCUGUCGGUGAUAUUUAUAACAAGGCUGGAAUUGCCCGAAUUACACCAAACACGGACAUCAAAUCCAUUCCUCGAACACUCAAGUCCCUCGUGGAUUAUAUAGGUAACGUUUUGGAACACGAUGUCAACCUGACCGCUCGGUUCCUUAUAGAUAAUGAACUAACCAUGUCGACAUGGUACAGCGUGACAGUAAAACCAGAGUUAGAAACUCCUUUACUAGAACGCCUAGAGGGUGGUGAAUUUGAGCUCCCACCUGUUCCAAAGGUACUAGCCUAUGACAUAGAGACAACAAAAAAGCCCCUUCGCUUCCCAAAUGCGGAGGCUGGAGACCAAAUAAUGUGCAUUUCAUAUAUGUUUGAUGAUCAGGGGUAUCUGCUAAUUAAUCGUUCAAUCUUCAGCAGAGAUAUAACUGAUUUUGAAUAUACUCCAAAGCCCGAGUUCCCCGGAAAAUUUGCCUGUUUCAACUUACCUACGGAGAAGGAUCUCCUAAUCUUUUUCUUCACACAUAUACGUACAGCCCGGCCGAACAUUUUUGCAACAUUCAACGGGGACUUCUUUGACUGGCCCUUUGUUGACGUUCGUGCAGCAGCCUAUGGCAUGGAUUUGCUAGACGAGAUUGGAGUUUUAAAAUCUGAGUCCACUUCCCGUGCUGGACUUGUUGAGAAGCAAUAUUAUGCACGAGCUGUCCCCCAUUUGGAUUGUUUCAGAUGGGUGCGUCGUGAUUCCUACCUUCCCCAGGGCUCACAAGGCCUUAAAGCUGUCACACGGGCCAAACUGAAAUAUCAUCCCGAUGAGCUUUCUCCUGAGUUAAUGGUUUCCUAUGCCCAGACAGAUCCGCAGGUUCUGGCUUCUUAUUCUGUCUCUGAUGCCGUUGCGACAUACUAUCUAUAUCGAAAAUAUGUACAUCCAUUCAUUUUCGCACUGGGAACCAUCUUACCCCUGAAUCCAGAUGACAUUCUGCGGCGAGGAACAGGAACGCUUUGCGAGCACCUCCUCAUGGUGGAAGCAUACCAGGCUAAUGUGCCGUUCCCCAAUAAGCAUAAUGACCCGCUACUUCAGGUAGUGUUUGAUGCAAAUAAGGAAAAACGAAUCUUACUUAAUCAGACCUACGUCGGUGGCAAGGUGGAAGCAAUAAAUGCAGGUGUCUAUAGAAACGACAUUGCCUACGACUUCGGAUACUACAGUGAAGCCUUUAAGACUAGGAGGUUUGAAGGGUAUGGAUAUCUGCUACGAUACAUAGACAGAGAUCUGAUUAUUCAGCUUAAUGUGAGCAAAGUGUGUAACGAACAUACGAGCGCAUACCAAAGUGUGCUCAACAUACUUGAAGAGAUAAGCUUGGAACAGAAGACGAUUGAAAGUAUAUGUAAGAAGGAUUCUCAUGCUUCAGCAACAGAAUUAUGUUUUUAUAAAACGCCAAACAAAAACAUUAUCUGGCUGCCAGAUACCUGGACUAAAGCCAGGGAGCGACUAAAAGAAAGACUUUCAAAACCGUUUGAGUCUUAUGGCAAUCAUGUUGACAACCUCAUUAGGCAUGUUGAGACUACUAUCUGUUCCAAUUAUUCUGAAGUACGGAACUAUAUUAUCGAAGGAUUGGUUGCAUGUAGCAAUACCGUUACUUCCAAGCCCCUUCUCUAUCACCUCGACGUUGCAGCUAUGUAUCCGAAUAUCAUGUUAACAAACAAGCUCCAGCCUACUGCUAUUGUUGACCCAAAUACAACUUGUGCUUCUUGCGACUUUAGCACUAUUAAAGAGGCGCAAGUAUGCCAGCGUAUCAUGGAAUGGGACUGGCGAGGGUCCUACUACCCACUCGACUUUUCAGAGUAUCUGAUGAUAAAAAAUCAAACAAUCUCUCAGAUUGGUGCUGACAGGUGGAUGCACGCUCUUACUGAAUCUGAAAAGGCCAGACUCCUUCAUGAGCGUUUAGAGACGUAUUCCAAGAGCCAAUAUAAGCUAAAACAAAAGACCGAAGAGAUGCGAAGGAAAACCAUUGUAUGUCAGCGUGAAAAUAGCUUUUUCAUAGAUACAGUUCGAAAGUUUCGUGAUCGUCGCUACCGGUUCAAGAGAGAGCAGAAAGACCAUUCCUUAAAGCUGAGUAAAGCAAAGAAACAGCUCACCGAAUUAAUGGAAGCAGGCCUUGAAGCGUCUGAAGAUGCCCAAAAUUUACGAAGGGAAAUAGACUCCCAAACUGGGCUGAUAGUUUUAAAGGAGUCACUCCAAUUGGCUCACAAAUGCAUUCUCAACUCCUUCUACGGAUACGCCAUGCGCAAAGGAAGCCGUUGGUAUUCCCUUGAGAUGGCUGCAGCCGUCACACAUGCUGGUGCAACCAUUAUAAAGCGUGCACGGACCCUUAUUGAAAUGAUUGGGUUUGUGCUAGAGCUGGACACGGAUGGGAUUUGGUGCUGUUUACCAUCAUCGUUUCCUGAAACCUGUACGUUUACUAUUAUCGAUCCAGGAAACACUGAUGCCCAAAGCAGCCGGAGGGUAAGCUUCAGCUAUCCUGGAACAAUGUUAAAUGCACUGACACAAACGCAGAACACUAAUAAGCAGUAUCUUAUUAACGUCAUACAUAAUAAGGAUCCUCCAUCUCAUGACCAUGGCAUUAAAUUAAAGUGUGAUAAGAAUGCUCAAGGAUCCCUUCCUGGAUUUGACUCUAAUGAUAUGUCAUUGUUAUUAUAUGCGUCCUCUCCAUCUAGGGAUUUGUUACUAGGCAAGAAUACCUCGUCUUCUAGCACUCAGUUGGAAUCGCCAAUUAAGGCAUGGAAAAGAGUCAAUGAGUGCACAAUUGAGUUUGAGGUUGAUGGACCCUACUCAUGUAUGGUUUUAUCAGCAGCUAGAGAAGAGGGUGUUCGAAUCAAGAAAAAGUACGCAGUCUUUGACCUUACGGGGGGCCUUUCGGAACUGAAAGGAUUUGAGCUCAAAAGGAGAGGUGAGCUAAAAAUUAUCAAGUCAUUUCAGACACGUGUUUUUUCCCAAUUCCUUAAGGGUGGAACUCUGGAGGAUGCAUACGAUCACGCAGCAAGGGUUGCAAAUACGUAUUUGGAUAUUAUUUAUACCAAGGGAUCCUUCCUUACAGAUCAGCAACUCAUUACACUUAUAUCUGAGGCCAGUACUCUGAAAAACUCCCUCAACAGUACGCCCAAAAACCGCAAAUCCACUUCUAUUACAUGUGCUCGCCGCAUGACCAGCUUUCUUGACCCUUUGUUCGCAAGUGUAGACGGAUUAAGCGUUGAGUACAUCAUUAGUAAGCUCCCAGAGGGAUCACCUGUUAGUGAAAGAGCUGUUCCAGUCCAGAUAUUCAAUUCUCCCGAACAUGUACGGUUCAAGUUUCUUCGACAAUGGAUAGGAGAUCACAAAGGCGACACUGUUGCAGAUAUACGUGAACUUAUUGACUGGGAUUACUACCUAGCUAGACUGUCCGGAGCUAUCUAUAAGAUAAUAGUUGUUCCAUCUGGUCUCCAAGGGAUUGCAGCCUCACCAGUUCAAAGAAUUGCAUUUCCUGAUUGGCUGGUCCAAUCCCAGGCACAACUAUCCACCAAGCAAUUCAGUAACAUUUUGCAGCAGUAUUUAAAGAUAGGAAGUGAAAAAUCUAAGGCCGCAAAGUUAAAUACACAAGCAAUCGAACGCGGAAAUCCUUAUCCUAACGAAGAGCCUCUGUCCUCUGCUAAUACUAGUAACAUUCAAGAAGAUGACCCCAACGAAAGUGAAGAUGAGAAUGAUACCGUUUCAACUGGGACAGAAUCCGAUGACAGUAGUUGCAGCCAUGAAGAAAAAGAUGGUCACGUUAGGCCGCACCUUGUCGAGAACAGGCUCGUCCACCACCCAAAAACAGCUGCAGAAUUUUCACGAUGGUAUAUGCAGCAAACCGUUUACUGGACAGAACUUGUGGAGAAGAACAUCAUUGGAAGGCCGUACUAUCUCUCUCACAAUGUAUCUCUCGGCGGUAAACAUUCCAUAUCCCAUCAAUUACGUGCCAAUCGUGCGAUGUAUGAUGCCAGUAACGAUUUUAAGUUACACAUAGUGACCGUUACUGUUCUCCCCUCGGGAAAAGUAUCGUGCUUCUGCAUAAAUAAGAAUAGGAUAAUGAAACGCAUUAUCUUUGGAACAUCGGUACGGGUAUACUUCAACCUCAAAACUGCCAUUCCGCAGGAUGUUAUUGCUAAUUAUUCAUCACCGACACUUACAAUUGCUGAUGUUACGAAAAAGAAUCUGGUUCUUCCCGAUAUGGCUUGUUGUACUCAGCUGUUGCUGUAUGAAAUGAGUGCAGAUACACAUGCAUCGGGACAGUCGUCCUUCCAAGAAUUGAAAAGCAGUGUUGUUGUAACGGACGUUUACGAAGCUGAUGUAUCAGGGCCUUUUCGGUUCUUAAUUGAGUUUCGUCACAAGUUGGACCUUCCCGAAACAUAUGAAAGUAGAAGAUUUCUUAACAUGGGGGAAGUACCAUACACAUACUCAGCAAAGUAUGCUAGUCAAGGAUCUGCAAAGAAUGGUACUGAUUGGUUUUCUAUUUUUCCAUUUGAAAAGGAUACUUCACCGUGUUACCCUGUUGGUUUUGUGGUAGAGACAAACAAGCAUCUUACAAGCCUACUUCCAGAUGGACGGUUGGCACUCAUAACUGUUGCUACUGACAUUGAUCCACUUAACUUAGAUAUUGACGCAGAGGCAGUAGCCCCUGACGUAGCUUCUCUUUUUGCUCAGUUGCUAGAGGAUUUUGUGGGACACCUUUCCACAGGGGCCACCAAACCAGGCCAGGCUACAUUAGAUUCAGUAGUUGCUCACACAUUUAGGUAUAUCCUAAGAGUCAUUAAGCAGUGUGGGGUUGAAGAAAAGGAAAGGACGUCAGGAUUGAAUAUACAGACACUCAAGAAUGCUCUCCUAUUUAGAACAGCAAGAAAUCCAAGUGAUGCCAUUGAAGCCCUUGCAGAGUUAUAUAGUCAAAAUAGUGAGUCUGCAUUAUUAUUCUGGAAAGCAGAUUGCAAAAGUAAGAGCCGAGCCAGAAGCACGUCGACAAACAUAUAUUUCAAAGAGCAACAUUUUAUCAUUGAUUUGCCUGAAAACCCGUGUCCGUACACAGAGAUCCUAAUCUCACAUGACACGCAUGCCCCUUACAACCAAGACGCACCAACUGAAGAGCCAAGUCUGAAGCGACCACCCGUUCUUUCUGCAUGCAACUCAGAAAUCACAAGACGUUUCACUAUGAUGCUCCAACCCUUAGUAUCUCUAAUAGUUGACACAAUAGUGGCUCAAUAUAUCUCUCACAUUUUCACUAUUCCUAUAAACCUCGUGCUAGAUGAAUCUGAGUUCUGUAAAGUUGUUCUUCCUCAAGAUCUUCUAUCUGGAACUCAAGCAUCCUGUACUACUACUCUACUACUUGAUACCCUUAUUGCAAGAGAGUAUGCCAACAACAACAUGCUGCUGCCAUCACGAGACCGGAAAGAAUCAAGAAUGUUUGCCACCGAAUACACGUUGCGAAGUGGAAUGUACCACGGUUACAGCUUGAUGAUUCCAGUAAGGAAUACGUUUAUGCAGCUUCUUAUGAACUAUCUUAUAAAGCCUCCUGUUGUAAUCGCAACGCCAUCAAAUCAAACAAUUAAGGCUCUCCCAGCUCGUGUAACCUCCGCGUCCCGCUUGCGCAUGCUCAGCAAAACACUCAAAGGUAUUGCAUUUUCACAGAGCAUCCCUGCGCAAGUUAAGCACCAUAUUUCGAGCAUGAUAAAAACAUAUCUCUUCUCCAAUGUGUCUCUUUUAUUUAGCAAUGGAAUGGUUGAAAUUCUAUACGAAGAACUUCACCAGUUUUACGCAACAUAUGACGAUAUCCUCGCAGAAAGCGGAUACAUCCUGGUGUACGCAGAUGUCACGAAAAACAUCAUCGCGUCAGAGAAGAUGGACCCAGAACUGCUUUUAAAUAGUUAUCGCUACUUGCUGCGUAACGUCUACUCGACGGGUCUCUUUCAGCUGUACGAACUACCAUCUGUGGAGGCUGUCUGCCAGUGUUUGUGUGGAUGUCCCGCCUAUAGCAACGCCAUCAAAGAGGCUCUAGUAAUGCAACUACACAACAAUACUAUCAUGAACAUAGAGGGUUCUGUCUUCCUUUCAAAGGCAAAGGCACAAGCAAAACAAGCUUUAGAGUCCUCCCCUAGUUAUGCGUUAAAAUCCCCAGCCACAAUAAACCCAACCUCGAAACAAGAAGAAGCGAAGACAGGAGAGGCAGCGUUCUGUUUUAACUCAAAUAUACCACAAAUUACAGUAAUACGCCAUCUGGCGUUCAUAGAUAUUGCAAACUACUUUGGAUACUCGUGCAACCUAGACCAUGUGAUAGGUCAUUUUAGUGCUCAAGAGCCACUACCAAAGGAGCUUAGAUACAUCUUCCAGCUAGCUGCAUCUGCGUACUCUCUAAUCAUGAACGACAGUAUAAGCAAGAGCGCUAAAUCUGUCUCCUCGGCAAAUGGAGAACUGAAAAGCAGUGGAACGAGAUUCAUUGAGUUUCUUCAAAAAUGCGUUUUUGACAUGGCGCCCUUUACUAAGGACGAGCAGGCUGUCUUCAUGGGCAAAUUAGUUGCUCUACAAGCAAAUGCUAAGAUCCGCGAAACGCUACAUACACUGGCAGAUCUAUUUCACAUCUAUUAUAUUAAAAACAUAACUCAGUGGCCUCAGAAAGUAACGCACAUGUACGCACAAGCAGGAAUGUCGAAGUUGUUAGAUAGUCUAUCACCUGGGAUAUACUUUGUUAGAACAUUUCUGUACAUUUUUUCACUAGAUGAACGAAUCAGAGAUGUGACUAGGUCGUUCUGCUGGGGGAUUUUGCCCGGAAUAGGAGUAUAUAGUCCCCUAGACACCAGAAUAAAGUACGAAGAAUUAUUCCAGGAAUAUAAUGUGUCGAACAUUCUGUGUGACGCAUGCAAACAACUAAACCGCCUGGAUGUUAUGCGUAAUAAGGCGUUCUACUGUUUCUCCUGCGGAGGCGUUAUAGAAAGUAGCGUGCUUGAGAGAGGCUUAAGUAGGCAGUUAUCACAACUGGUAACCGAUUACUUUUCUCGGCAAAGCACAUCAAGAACCGUGAUAAUUCAUAAACACAAUAAUCUAGACAAAAAUGAGGAAGAAAUGCUUCUUGACCGUGUAACAAAUGAAAUAGGAAUGAUAUUAUUGGCAUCUCAGGUUCAUGAUAUGGUUGAUCUCUUUGAAAUGUGCACGUGGUGGAGCCAACAGCUUAAUUAUCACAACAGACAAUUUAGUUUUGCGACGGUGGGGAAACAAUAG